CACUUGUAGUAGUACCCUGUGUCUGUGUGGCUCCGUCCCGAGUGGUGAACGCUUCCAUCCCUUACACCAUACAAAGCCAAUGACGAGAGCCAAUCCACUCCUUCGCACCAUACCACACUUCCUCACAUGGCGAGCCCUUGGCUUCCGCACCAUUUGCUCCGGUCGGCUCGGCUUCGACGGAGCCAAGCCGCUCGAAACCUUCACCGAGGAAUUCGAAGUUGGCUCGCGCUUGAUCACACUCGAGACCGGUAAGAUCGCGCGCUUUGCAAACGGCGCGGUCGUUUUGGGCAUGGAAGACACCAAGGUCCUAUCCACCGUCACCUCCGCUAAAGGCGACGCCGUUCGCGAUUUCUUACCUCUCACCGUCGAUUAUCAAGAGAAGCAAUUCGCGCAAGGUGUGAUUCCGACGACGUUCAUGCGUAGGGAAGGUGCUCCUAGAGAACGAGAACUCUUGUGUGGAAGAAUCAUUGAUCGUCCAAUUCGCCCGUUGUUUCCUCAUGGAUUUUACCAUGAGGUUCAGGUAAUGGCGAGUGUUCUUUCUUCCGAUGGAAAACAAGAUCCAGAUGUGUUAGCAGCUAAUGCGACAUCCGCGGCGCUUAUGUUAUCGGAUAUUCCGUGGGGCGGUCCCAUCGGAAUGGUUCGAAUUGGUAGGAUAUGUGGACAGUUUAUUGUAAAUCCUACCAUGGAUGAGCUUAAACUAAGUGAUCUUAACUUGGUAUAUGCCUGUACGAAGGACAAAACUUUGAUGAUUGAUGUACAAGCUCGCGAGAUAUCUGAGAAAGAUCUAGAAGCUGGGUUAAGAUUGGCUCAUCCGGAGGCAGUUAAGUAUCUUGAGCCUCAAAUCAGUCUUGCUGCUAAAGCUGGUAAAUCUAAGAAGGAAUACAAAUUGUCUCUGCUGUCUGACAGAACACUGGAGAAAGUCAGAAAUGUGGCAGAGGCACCUAUUGAAGCUGUUUUUACUGAUCCUUCAUAUGGAAAGUUUGAACGCGGAGAAGCUUUAGACAAUAUUACACAAGAUGUAAAGAGAGUGCUUGAAGAAGAAGGGGAUGAAGAAAGCUUAAAAGUUUUGUCAAAGGCAGUAGAUACAGUGAGGAAGAAGGUGGUUCGUAAAAGAGUUAUCGCAGAAGGAUACAGAGUUGAUGGAAGACAACUUGAUGAAGUAAGGCCUUUGUAUUGUGAAGCUGGAUAUAUAUCCAUAUUGCAUGGAUCUGCACUUUUUUCCCGUGGAGAAACACAGGUCCUAUGUACAGUAACACUUGGUGCACCUACAGAUGCUCAACGCUUGGACUCUUUAGUUGGUCCUCCAACCAAGCGAUUUAUGCUUCAUUAUAGUUUUCCACCAUUCUGCAUAAAUGAAGUUGGUAAACGUACUGGUUUGAAUAGGCGUGAAGUUGGUCAUGGAACUCUUGCUGAGAAAGCACUUCUUGCUGUUUUGCCUCCUGAAGAUGACUUUCCAUAUACUGUUCGUGUCAACUCCGAAGUCAUGGCUUCAGAUGGUUCAACAUCAAUGGCAACUGUAUGUGGAGGUAGUAUGGCUUUGAUGGAUGCUGGCAUUCCCGUACGUGAACAUGUUGCUGGGGUUUCUGUGGGUCUUGUUAGUGAACUUGAUCCAUCCACUGGCGAAAUAACUGAUUAUCGUAUAUUGACUGAUAUUCUGGGCUUGGAAGACCAUCUGGGUGACAUAGACUUCAAGAUAGCUGGAACUCGAAAAGGAGUAACUGCUAUUCAGUUGGAUAUAAAACCAGCUGGAAUUCCUCUUGAUAUCAUAUGUGAAUGUUUAGAGCCUGCGAAUAAAGCCCGUCUUCAAAUUCUUGAUCACAUGGAACAGGAAAUUAAUGCACCUCGUAACAAGGAUGACAGCACUUCUCCACGACUAGCCACCUUAAAGUACAGCAAUGAUGCUCUUCGUCGCCUAAUUGGGCCAAUGGGUGUGCUAAAGAAAAAAAUGGAAGAUCAAACAGGUGUACGGAUGUCUGUGGGCGAUGGAACACUUACAAUAGUUGCUAAGAAUCAAUCUGAAAUGGACAAAGUACUAGAAAAGAUUGAUUUUAUUGUGGGCCGUGAAAUUGAAGUUGGCGGCGUCUACAAAGGAAUUGUCACUUCUAUAAAAGAAUAUGGAGCUUUUGUGGAGUUUAAUGGGGGCCAGCAGGGCCUUCUCCACAUUUCUGAGUUGUCACAUGAACCGGUAUUACGAGUUUCAGAGGUUGUCUCUGUUGGCCAGAAGCUUUCUUUGAUGUGCAUAGGUCAAGAUGUUCAUGGUAACAUCAAGUUAUCCCUUAAAGCAACUUUGCCUUGUCCUGGAGGAUUGGAGACUAAUGAUGGAGUUCAAGAAUCUAUUGCAUCUGCAAAAAAAACAGCCAAUGUUUGGGCACCAGUUUGGAAUGCAUCUAGUACACAAGAACAACAAAAUUCUACUUCUGAGUUGCCUAUGGGCAAACUUGAGAUGCGUGAAGCAAAAUCCCCAACCUCUCAAGUACCAGUAAUUUUAAUACGUAGUGCUGCAGAGUGUGACGAAGAGGAGAAAUCAACCAGCUUGAAUAAAGGUACCCAGGUAGAUAAUGGGGUACAAUUGGAUCACAAGUCAAAAUCUUGUCGAACUGAAAAUGUGGUUGAUUCCCCACCUAAGUCAAAAUCUCGUAGAUCUCAAGAUGUUAUUGAUUCUCCAUCUUCUCAGUCAGGUCCCUUGCCAUAUAAAAAUGUUAAGAAGUCAAAAGUUGCAAUGCAAAAAGAGUCAAAAUCUGAUUUUCAGAGCCCAGCAGGGGACAAGAAGGAAACAAAAGACAAGGAAUCACUAACUGCAAAAGAUCUGAAACUUGGGACAAAAGUAAGUGCCAAAGUUUAUCAAAUUCGUGCACAUGGGUUAGUGUUGGAUUUGGGUGGAGGACUCCGAGGAAUGUACCGAUUCGAGGAAAAUGGCAAAAAAGACUUCAAGAUAGGUGAUGUGAUGCAAGUUGUGUGCUCAAGCUUUUCUAGCAAGGGAAUUCCAGUAUUGUCUUCUUCUGUGGCUGAUACAUAACUUUCUAGUGGUAAAUAGUAAUUCCUUUCCCGAUAGAACCAAUGGAUUUAUACUGCCAAAAUCAUCAUUUGGAAAAACUCUUCCAGCAGUGUAAGCAACACCAAAGGUUUUAUUGGAAAUCUGGUUUCUGAUAGAGCCUAAUUAGAUCAAUGAGAUCCUGAAAAUAGUUGUUAAGCUGCUGGGAGUGCGUUGAUGGACUUUGGGAAUUUCUGCGCUGCUGUCCUUAGAUUAACGAUAUGAAACUUGAGAAAGCUGUUAGAAAAUGGGUCUUCGAGAUGCAAGUUUGUCAUCAUGACAGCCAUUUCACAAUAAGACAUUGAGUGGUGAACUUCCAUUUGACCGGCUGAUAUUUAGUUGUUAGUUAUGCAUUGUAUCUGAUAGAUGUUAGCUGUCAUUCUUGAUUUGAAGUAAAGUAGAUUUAAUUUUGAUGAAAUUGAUUUUGAUCUAUUGAAUGUCAUCAAGAUUCGUGUAUAAAUUAAUAUGAACUAUAUAUUUUUUGUUUUCAGAAAGUGUGUUCUAAUAAAGUUAAGUAGCAUCAAUAUUGAUGAAAUUUAU